AUGCCUGCUCGGGUCGUCCUUGGGGAGCACGGCGAAGGGGCGGCUAGGGUAGUUGAAUCUUCGAGGCGGCGCGUGAUUGAUGGUGCGGCCGAGGACAACUUUCGAGGUUCGAGGAAAGUCACGGGCGUAAUCAUCAACGGUCGCAGGCGGCCGUGUUUACUUUUGCUUGAGCUACUGAGAGAACUCGGACGGCUGCAAAGAAGCGAGUUCCCCAUUCCUUUCUUCGCUCCCACCUCGAGAUCGAGCAGAAAGCAAAACAUGGCCGGCCGGCAUCCGGAUCUCGAUCCAGCUCCAGCCGUCGAUGCCCUUGACUACAUCAAAAUCGUCGUCAACCCCGACGGCACGGUCACGCGCGGCCUCGACAUGCCGAGUACCCCCGCCGACCCCGAUCCCGACCAGCCCUCCGCCGUCCGCACCAAGGACGUCCCGCUCAACCCGGCCCACAACACUUGGGCCCGGAUCUACGUGCCUCGCCCCUCGCCCCCGCCCGACCAGAAGCUGCCGCUCGUCGUGUAUUACCAUGGCGGUGGUUUCGUCAUUUGCUCCCCGGCCGACGCGAUGCACCACGUUUUCUGCUCCCUCAUGGCGGUCAAGUUAGGCGCCGUCGUCGUCUCCCCAAGCUACCGCCUCGCUCCGGAGCACCGCCUCCCCGCAGCCUACGACGACGCCGUGGAGGCCCUCCGCUGGGUCAGCACCACCGAGGAGGAGUGGCUUCGCGAGGGCGUUGACUUCUCGCGGUGCUACCUGAUGGGCACGAGCGCCGGGGGGAAUAUCGCGUACCACGUGGGCCUGCGCGUGUGCGCCGCUGCGGCCGAUCUGGAGCCUCUGGUGAUCAGAGGGCUGAUCUUGCACCACCCCUUCUUCGGCGGGUCCCGGAGGACCGAGUCGGAAGUGAGGCUGUUCAACAACCAAACCCUGCCGGUGAACGUGGCGGACAAGAUGUGGGAGCUGUCGCUGCCGGCUGGCGCCGACCGGGACCACGAGUAUUGCAACCCGACGGGUGGGGAGAGAUCGGAGGAGUGGGAGAGGAUGAAAAAGCUGGGGUGGCGGGUGGUGGUGGUGGCUGGCAGUGGAGACCCGUUGAUAGAUCGGCAGAGGGAGUUGGCGGCGAAGCUGGAGGCGAAGGGCGUGGAAGUGGUGGGCCUUUUCGGUGGUGAAGGCGAUUAUCAUGGAGUGGAGAUAAUCGAACCGGCUAAGGCGGAGCCGUUGUUCGAGAAACUGAAAAGUAACAUUUGA